AUGUCCUCAAGCAGCAGUGGCCCAGAUGUGAAAAUCCAUAAUGUUUACCUGUCAAAUGUUGAAGAAGAAUUCGCUAGAAUGAGGUCUUUUGUUGAAGUAGGCAAAUUGAAAUUUUCGGCAAAUAAAAAUGAAUUGUUUUUAGGAUUAUCCAUUUGUGGCUAUGGAUACUGAAUUCCCUGGUGUUGUUGCCACUCCAUUGGGAACAUUCAGAAGCAAAGAGGAUUUCAAUUAUCAACAAGUUUUUUGUAAUGUAAACAUGUUGAAAUUAAUACAAGUCGGAUUUGUAUUGGUGAAUGAUAAAGGAGAAUUGCCACCCUCUGGCGAUGUUUGGCAAUUCAACUUCAAUUUCUCCUUCAAUGAAGAUAUGUUUUCACAAGAAAGUGUUGAUAUGUUGAGAACAGCUGGUAUUGAUUUCAAUGCUCUUCAAAACAACGGAAUCCCAACACACGUUUUCGGUGAACUUCUUACAACUUCUGGAUUGGUUACUGAUCCUCGAAUCACAUGGCUUACAUUUUCAUCAGGUUAUGACUUCGGAUAUUUAUUGAAAAGUAUAACAUUAAGCGAUUUACCAAAAGAAGUAGGUUUCAAAGUACAAAAGAUCAGCAAAGUGAAAUGUAUUCUAUUUUAGGAAUCUCAAUUUUUCGCGUACCAUCGAACAUUAUUUCCCACAAGUUUUGACAUCAAAAUAUUGUUACGGACGCCAAAUUGUGUGACUGCUAAACUAAAAGGAGGAUUACAAGAAGUUGCUGAUCAAUUAGAUGUGAAAAGACAAGGAGUUCGUCAUCAAGCUGGUUCUGAUGCUCUUCUUACAGCUGCAACUUUCUUCAAAAUCAAAAAGCAAUUUUUCAACGAUAGUUGGGAACAAGUAAGAAUUUUCCUAGAAAAUGUAAUUCUCACAAUAAAAAUCAAAUUUUUCAGAUAGCUCCAAUGCUUUGCGGUCAUAUGUUUGGACUUGGCUCGUCACUUUCUCUCUUCCAACAAUCAAAACUCGGUGAAGAACAUGUAAAUGCACAAAAAGAAAUAAUGACCUCGUAAUUUUGUUUAAACUUCCAUUUUAUAUAUUACAUACAAAAUCAUCGGGUUCCAUUUUCCUCUUUUUUUCCGAAAAAUCCCAUUUUUCUUUUUAUUAAUCCAAAUUGUAGUUUUUUUCGUGUGCAACUUGUUGUUGGUUCCCAAAAAACAAUUCUUGAACCAAUCUCAACCCAAAUUUUCGUUUUUGUCAAAUUUUGGUAUUUUUCAUCGUCUAGAAUUUGUUGCCAAAAUCUAUUCGGAUGAUUUCUUAAUCUCACCAUUUAUAUUUUUCUGUAACGAAUUGUAAUUUCUUUGGAAGAAAUUACUAAUUUCUUUAUUGCUUUUUUCUUUUUAUUAUUAUUUCCUAUUAUUAUUAUCUCAAAAACUAUUCCCCCAAAAAAAUAAAAAUGUCGAAAUGCAAAUUUUUCUUUGAGAGAAACGCGUUCACAACUCGCCAAGUUAUCUGAACUUAAAAAUUUAGUUUUGUUUCAAAAUUGAGUUAUUAGAUGCCAAGUGGUGGACAAAGAAAACACACAAUUUCAAACAAGACAAGAAAACGACCAGGAAAGGAUUUGGAUCAAAUCCAUGAAGAUUUGAAGCCUGAAAAAGCUGCUAAAUUGGUCAAUCAAGAGGUCGAUUAUGAUUUACCUGGAAAUGGUCAAUUUUAUUGCAUCGAAUGUGAAAGACAUUUUGUAGAUGAAAAAACUAGACAAAUUCAUAGGAAAACUAAAGUAAGUCAAUAUUUUAAAGCCAUUAAAUCCACCUUAAAAUCUCUAGGUUCAUAAAAAUCGUGUGAAAACUCUGAAAGAAGUUCCAUAUUCAAUCAAAGAAGCAGAAGCUGCUGGCGGUUCUGGUCAUUUUCCACAUGUCACUUUGAAAUCACGUGUUCCAGAUCAUCCCGAAUAUUUGCCAAAAGUUGAGAUUGAGUAA